AUGUUAAAGAUAACAUGUGUUGGCCUUUUUUUUUACAUCAUUAAAAGUCUCUUUGUAAAUACAAAAGCUCCUGAAACGUCUCUUGAAAAAAUAACAGAGUUUAGGCAACAACAUAGAAAAACAUUAGAUGGAAGAUUAUGUGCUGCAGCAUUUCUUCAUGAUGAUCAGACUUAUACAAAUUGUACUACUUCUCUAUCCCCUGACGGAACAAGCGGAAGAGAAUGGUGUUAUGUCGAAGUUCAAUUACUAGGAAAAGGUUCGCGCGAUUGGGAUUAUUGUAGGGAUUCGAUAAAUUAUGACAAGUUAAGGUUGCAUGCUAAAAAGGUGUUUGAAGAAAAAUCUUUAGAAGCAGACAGACUUAAGGAUAGAUUACAUGUAUUGAAUAGUAGAGUAUAUAGUAUGUUACAAAAAUAUGAUUCUGUGUGCGGAAAAAAGCAUGAACUAAUAAAUUCCAGGAUUGAAAAGAUAAAUGAAUGGUUAGAUAAGAGUUCAGAAUCUAUUAUGAAAAUAGAAAACAAUACUAAUGAUUUAAAUUCAACAAAAAGUAUUAUUGAUCAAUUACAAAUAGAUAUUAAAGAAGAAAAUAAAAAUGUGAAACAAUCUGAAGAAAAUUGUAAGAAUUUACCAGGAUAUGAAAAUGAACCACAUAGUGAUGGAUUAAAAGUUUCUUAUUUUAAUAAUCUGUUUUUUGAUGGUAUACCUAUAGAAACAAGAAUUGAAAAAGAUAUUAAUUUUUUAUAUAAUAGUAGAGGACCAUUAGAAAAUAUAUCACCUCAUAAAUAUUCUAUUCGUUAUGAAGGGUAUAUAUUUGUUCCACAUAAUGGGACAUAUACAUUUACUAUAGAAACAGAUUGUUAUAUUAGAUUAUUGGUAAAUAAUAAAGUUAUAUUAACUUAUGGUUUAGAAGAAGUUGUAGAUAUGACAGAUGAAAAUAUGUAUCAUUAUAAUCAACAUGAUAUGUAUCAAUAUAAUGAUGGAUAUAAAUUAAAUACACCUUUUUCUUUUUCAUAUCCACAAUAUAGUCAUAUAAAAUAUACUUUAAAUAAUGAUGAUUUAAGUGAAAUAAUUAAAAAAAAUUCUAUACCUAUAGAAUUGUUAGGUGGAGAAAAACAUAAAUUUGUACUAGAAAUAUCACAUUCUGCUCAUUUAAAAUAUAAAAAUGAAGAAUCCAGUUCUUUCAAAUUAUAUUGGAAAUCCAGUAGAAUUCAUCAACAAAUAAUACAAAGUCAUUAUUUUUUUACAGAAAAUAUUAUUCCACCCACUAGAUUCUCUUCUUUAGAUCCUGAUAUAUUUGAACUUGGAUUAGUAGAUAUAAAUCAACAAGUGUAUAAAAAUAAUAAUAAUUGGAUUAUAACAAAUGUUAAUACAAAGUAUGUAGGUUUACAUCUUUUAAAAACACAAGAACAUCCUACAUAUAAUAACUUCUCUCUAUCUAUUAAUACAGCAUCAAAUUUAUUUAUCGCUUCGCCUAUAGAUAAUGUAUUUCCAUUAAGUCCCUACAAAGAUUCUUUGUGGAAAGUAUUCGAUACGGGUGAUAUUAUAGAAAUAGAAAAUAAAGGUAAUAGUAAUAAUAAUAAUAAUAUAAUCUAUAAAAAGAAACAGUUUAAAAUAAAAUUCAUUCCUUUAAAAAAUAAAUCAGAAUUAAAAUUUUAUAUAUCAAAUAAUAUUCCCUUCUUUAUUUUUGCUCAACAAAGAAAAAUAUUUCCAACGAUAUGUAAUGGGGAACAACAAAUUUUGUCAUCACCUUCUAAUGCUGUAUUUAAAGAAUGUGAAGAAUCAUCUUCUUUAUCUAAAGAAUUUAAUUGCAUAGCUGGAUUAAGUUCUUUGCAUAUGGAUAAAAAAUUUCAUGUAUGGAGAUCAUUAAAUUCAGGUAUUGGAGAAUAUAUUAAAGUUUCUUUUAAUACACCAGUACAAAUUAAUAAAUUUAGAUUUAAACCAAGAGAUGAUGUUUUAACAUGGCCAUCAGAAAUAUCAUUACUAUUUGAUGAUACCGAAAUUAUCAUCCCAAUUUUACAUACAUCUAAUAUUGAACAUAAUACAACCAAACUAGAACAUCCAAUUAUAACAACAUUUGUCAAAAUAGAAAUUAAAGAUAUGUUUCUUAAUCAUAAUGAAACAGGAGGUUCUUUUGAACUUAUUGGGAAUUCUUGUAAUCUUACUAAUGAUGAUUAUUUAACUCAUCAUGGUGCUACUAUAGAUAUUAAUGAUUGUCAUAAUAAUACUUUAAACAAUAUACCUGAUGUUCUUCCGUUAAUACAUGGAGAUAAAUUUUUAAUAACAUGUGAUCCAAAUUGUUUAGACAACUUAUCUGGAGAAGUAUAUGGUUCAGAUGUAUAUUCUAUAGAUUCAUCUAUAUGUAAAGCUUCUAUUCAUGCAGGUGUUUGUAAUAUCCAAAAUAAACAUAAUUGUAAAUUUUUAAUUAUAAUCAAUGAAAAACAAAAAAAUUAUAUAGGUACUUUACAAAAUCGUAUUUUGUCUUUAAAUCAAAGUAAUAAUUCAAAUUUAUCUUUUACAUUUUCUCCAAUAAUUAAUCCAAACUUUUCUCAAUUUUAUUCAUCAUAUCCAAAUAGUUAUUCCAUUGUAUUUAAAAGAAAUGAUGAUCUUAAUUUACCAAAUAAGUUUUUAAUAGAUUAUGGAGAUGUUUUUAAUAAUUAUGGAUCUUUUGCUUACGGAUGGAAUAAACCAAUUACUUUUUUAAACUCUUCAUCACAAAAAAAAAAAUCUUAUUCUAAUGGUCUCUAUUCAGGAGGUAUACCAUUUCCCCCUGCAACAGCUAGUCAACAUUGUAUUACCGAUUUAGAAUGCCAAACGAAUUUCUGGACUUUCCAAACUCAUGAAAAUGGUACAUAUACUAUUCAAGUACUUGUUGGAAAUCUUUCAUCCGAUAUUAAACAAAAUACAUUUAUUGAAGUAAACGGAUUGCCUUUAAUCAAAAAUAUACAACUCGAAAAAAAUGAAUAUUUUGUUGCAGUUAAAAAUGUUCACGUUACAAGUAGGUCUUUGAUAUUUACAUCGACAUGUUUGGAAACAGACAACGAAUGUGCUAACGCAAAAACGACAAUAAUGGCACUUCAAAUAUUGAAAAUUUAA